AUGGAGCGCGGGCUGCACCUCGGCGCGGCCGCCGCGGGCGAAGACGACCUCUUUCUGCACAAGAGCCUGAGCGCCUCCACCGCCAAGCGCUUGGAGGCGGCUUUCCGCUCCACGCCCCCGGGCAUGGACCUGUCCCUGGCGCCGCCGCCUCGGGAACGCCCGGCGUCCUCCUCGUCGCCCCUGGGCUGCUUCGAGCCGGCUGACCCCGAGGGGGCAGGGCUGCUGCUGCCGCCUCCUGGAGGAGGCGGCGGCGGCGGCGGCGCGGGGGGCGUCCCCGGGCUGCUGGUGGGCUCUGCCGGCGUUGGGGGCGACCCUAGCCUGAGCAGCCUGCCGGCUGGAGCUGCUCUAUGCCUCAAAUACGGCGAGAGCGCGAGCCGGGGCUCGGUGGCCGAGAGCAGCGGCGGCGAGCAGAGCCCCGACGACGACAGCGACGGCCGCUGCGAGCUGGUGCUGCGGGCCGGAGGCGCGGACCCGCGGGCCUCCCCGGGCGCGGGAGGCGGCGGCGCCAAGGCGGCCGAGGGCUGCUCCAACGCCCACCUCCACGGCGGCGCCAGCGCCCCCCCGGGGGGCCCCGGUGGCGGCAGCAGCGGGGGUAGCAGCGGCGCUGCCGGCGGUGGCAGCAGCAGCAAGAAAUCCAAAGAGCAGAAAGCGCUGCGGCUCAACAUCAACGCCCGGGAGCGCCGGCGGAUGCACGACCUGAACGACGCGCUGGACGAGCUGCGCGCCGUGAUCCCCUACGCGCACAGCCCCUCGGUGCGCAAGCUCUCCAAGAUCGCCACGCUGCUGCUCGCCAAGAACUACAUCCUCAUGCAGGCGCAGGCCCUGGAGGAGAUGCGGCGCCUUGUCGCCUACCUCAACCAAGGCCAGGCCAUCUCCGCCGCCUCGCUACCAAGCUCCGCGGCAGCGGCCGCGGCGGCCGCUGCCCUGCACCCGGCGCUCGGCGCCUACGAGCAGGCUGCCGGCUACCCGUUCAGCGCCGGGCUGCCCCCGGCCGCCUCUUGCCCGGAGAAGUGCGCCCUGUUCAACAGCGUCUCCUCCAGCCUCUGCAAACAGUGCACGGAGAAGCCUUAAACACCCCCCUCCCCCGAGAAACACAAGACCGACCAAAAAGCUAGAGGAAAGGGAAAAGCUGUCCCCCACCCCCCUUUUUUGGUCCUCUGGUACUUGGGAAACACUUGCAGAACAAACAAAGCAGAGGCGAGAACUGAAGAGACCUUUCAGAGACAAACGGGACUUUCAGACUGACAUCCCCAGAAUCUCGGUCUUUGGGGUGGGGAGGGAGGGAGGAGGGAGGUGGAGUUGGGCUGGAGUACGGAUGUCUUUUUUCUCAGAAAAGUGGCAACUUUGGUGACAGCCUAGACCGCGAGGAAGCAGAGUUUUCCUUUAAGGUUACAAUUAAGUUGAGACGUAGUCGCUUGGUUAUUAAGCGUGGAGAGCAUUAAAUGGCAAAAUACUAAUCUUACUAAUUGUGAAUUUGGCUAGUGCUGAGUGGGAGAAGAGGAGUCCGGGGUUGGGUGACUUAUGGGACGGAAUAUUCAUUCAGACAAAUCAGAAAGGGCACUUGAAAAUAAAUUUUGACUCUGAGCCAGGAGAAAAACUUGAAAGGUAGAUUUAAGUGAAAAAAAAAAAGAAAAAAGAAAACGAAAGAGACACGUUGCUAUUAAAGACUUGUAUUUUUUAUUGUCUCUGAACUUUAAUCCUGUGAAAAUGCUCAAAAGUUUUGGCAAGAGUGAUAUAAAAACCUGACUGUGGCUGAAAGAAUUGCAUUUAAAAAUAUUUAUGUGCACCUUGUUACUUUCCACUCUGCAAUGAUGUAUUAACAAUUCAUGGUAUUUAUUUGUUAUUCUUCAAUGACCCUUCCACAUCAACAAUAUUUAUCAAGUGUUAAGGUCAUGGGUCUUAUGUGCAGAUUUUUUUUAAUGCCUCUAAAUUCUGUUUUAUAGAUUAACUUAUAAUGUGUGCCAACUGUUUCAAAGGUCUAUUUGCCAACAAGUAUGAAGAGACCUAUUGAUGUAUCUGAGCUGCUUAGGUUCAUCAAAGAUCACCUGGAUUUUUUCAGUUGCAUCAUCCCUGUAUUUAAAUUGAGCUUUAAUAAAUUGCUUCAGUCCAAAAAUUACAGGAAAGGUGUAUUCUUAAUUGAUGAAUUGAUCUCUUUUUGAAAAGGGGACUCCUUUGCAUUCUAAAAGGGAAAGACAUCACAGCAAUAGAUCCUAUAAGUAAGACACCAGGCUAAGCAAAUAUUUUUCCAGGCUGUGCUGUGCAUUUUUAAAGGUCUAAUUUAAUUGCUUUUAAUAUAUAUGUACAUAUAUAAGUUAUUUUAACUGUGGAGAAUUAUUUAAGUUAAAAGACUGGUUUGAUUUGCCUAUGGUGUGAAAUCCUUUGUUAUUUUUCUAAAAAAAUAGAAUUUAAAAAGAAAUAAAAUAAAACUAAGGAAGAGCAAGAAGCUAUUUACCCAAAGUGAGCUUUCAGUUUUAGUUUGCAUGGCUGUUUGCCUGCCUUUCUAUCCUAUGAAAACCAAGAAAACCUUUUUUAAAAAAUGGAGUCCUGCUAUUUUCCACUCCUUGCAGAUAAUACAAAUUUAGUUUGUCAGGUUGGAUGGCGAGUUGGGAGCUGUAAUGGAUCUAUUGGUGGGUUUUGGAUGUAUAAAGAAUGAUAUAUAUAUUCAAUAGGUCAAUCAGACUAUGACAGCUAUGUACGACCAUUUGUAUGUGUAUCUAUGUCAGAAAGAAUCUUUAUUAAAAUAUUUUGAUCAAACA